AUGGCAAUCACUGUCAACGUGGUGCUGCUCAGUGGGCGAGCAGUGCCCAUCGCAGCUGUACCGGACAGCCCUGUCUUUGUGGUGCAGAGCCAGGCGCAGAAGGCCUUCGAGCUUCAAAUCGAAAGGCUGUUGGCUGGAGACAGGGUCCUGACACCAGGGCGCACGCUGAAGGAGGAGCAGGUUGCAGACGGGACCGUGCUCACCGCCAUCAUCCGACCAGACAGGCUUUUCUCCUGCAGAUGGUCCUCUGCCUUCACCCUCGUGCGCAGCGAUGGGUCGGUGGUGACCUGGGGAGACCCAGACAGGGGUGGAGAUUCGUCCCGCGUUCAGGCACGACUACAAGACAUUGACACUGUCCUUGGUGCGGAAUACGCCCAAGCUGCACUCCUUUUGGAUGGAACUGUGGUGAUGUGGGGCCAUUCCGGCUGGCAUGGCGAGCACGAAAGCUUGCAGCAGGUCCGAAAACUGGAGGUGUUUCCACAUGGUCUUGCUGCAAUCAAGUUUGACUCCAGUGUGAUCCUAUUGGGUCGCACACGCAGUAUGGCCGCCCCACCACCGCUCAACAACGUUCGACAGAUUGCUGCGUGCCAGGGCUCCAUGUCCGGUGCAUAUGCUGCUGUUCUCAACGAUGGACGCGUCCGAACUUGGGGUUGCCCUAAGCUGGGUGGCAGCAGCUCUGAGGUUGAAUCUGAGCUCCAUUCUAUUCGAGACGUCAAAGCCUGCAACAGCACAUUUGCAGGUGCCUUCGCGGCUAUCCGCGAGGAUGGUAGGGUAGUUACUUGGGGCUCGAGAACCUAUGGAGGUGACAGCACUGCCGUUCGGGAUCAACUUUACGAUGUGACAGAUGUUGUUUCAACAUGCUUUGCAUUCGCAGCUGUAAAGACAGACGGCACCGUCGUCUGCUGGGGUGCCCCGGAAUUUGGAGGAGAUUGUGUAAGAGUACAGGAGGAGCUGCAUGGCGUGAAGUAUGUGUGCGCAACCUGUGGAGCAUUUGCUGCGCUCUGCAAAAAUGGAACUGUAUCAACGUGGGGCUGCCAGCGGUUUGGGGCAGACUGCUCUGGUGUGAAGACAAAGCUUUCUGAAGUGCGGGACGUUGUCGCUUCAGGGGCCGCUUUCGCUGCCCUUCGGUUUGACGGAACUGUGGUGACCUGGGGCCAUGUGCCUGCUGGUGGCGACAGCAGUUCAGCUCAAGCACAAUUGACCAACGUCCGGCAAAUCGUCGCCUCGGCUUAUGCCUUCGCUGCUUUGCGAAGCGAUGGCGAGGUCGUGACUUGGGGCCAAAAAGACUGGGGAGGCGCCCUGGCCUUCGACUGGGAAGAAUGGAUUGCUGAUCCGCGCAGGGUUACAUGGACCUUGACAGGCCUAGCCAAGAAGCAGCGCCUGCUGACGGCUUUGCUCGUCCUGCAGUCUAUGCGACAUGACCUGCUGGAAGUGAACAUCUUCCAUGUUACAGCCGCGAUGAGUGCUGGAAGGGCUACCCGUCGUUGGGCCACCUCAUUGUUUUCUCUCCGGCACUGGUGCGACAGAGGUCUCACUGCAAACAUAGUUGCUCGAAAUGCUGCUGUUGCAGCAGCUGCCCUUGGCGACUGGCGCUUUGCCCAGGCAUUGGCAUCGGAGGCGUGCCAGCAAGGUUUGGUGGACCAUGUCACCCUGGGUUCUGCCAUGGCCGCUUUGAGCUGGAACAAGGCCCUGUCGCUGUUGGCGCAGAGCGCAGUUCUCUUGCGGAAGCCGCUGGAUCCAAUCUGUCUCCGAACAGCCAUGGCCUCUUGCGAGAAAUCGAGCGGCUGGGAACAGACCCUUGAUAUUUUUGGACACUUUCAUGGAAGGCCUGGUGAUAUUGGUGCUGCGAGCUUCAACCCGGCCAUCUCAGCAUGCGAGAAGGGUCUGCAGUGGCAGCUCUCUUUUCGCAUCUUGGGAAUGGCGGGGGAAUGUCGCUGGAAACCCAGCGAUGUGAGCUGGGCAGCCGUCGCCAGCGCCUGCGAGAAGGCCGGUCCCUGGCAGCGAGCGCUCCACAUCCUCGGCGGCUCGCAGCGAAGCGGCCUGUGGCUGUUCAGCUCAGCGAUGAGUGCAUGCAUGCACGCAGGAGUCGAGUCUUGGUGCCGGGCGCUGCAGCUUCUGCGCUGUUGUAUAAAUGCGGGGAUGCAGCCUUCAACAGUCUCGUACUCGGCGGUUUUAGAAGUUUGCCGGCGGACAGGCUCCUGGCAGAGGGUGUCGCAGCUACUGCACGCCAUGGGUACUCAGCGGCUGCCGAGUUCCAUCAUUGCUCUGAACACCGCUAUGCUGGCAUGCCUCCGCUCUGGGCUCUCUGAACAAGUCCUGCGCCUUUUUGGUGAUGUGAAGCGGCAGAGUCUGCAGCCAACAUCCCUGACUUGGAGUCACGUGGCAGAUGCCCUGUCACAUUCUCCGAACGGAACAGUGCCACUGCUCGUUCGCCUGCGCGACGACUUCAUGUCCGAUGCCAGAGCUCGGCUCCGCGAGUGGCGAAAGAGUCGGCUCUUCGAUGUGGCGAAGUUGAACGAACAGUUUGGUGGGCGCUACGGUUCCGAGCAUUUGCGAGCGCUGGCCAUGGAGAUGUGGACUGCCAGAGGAACACCUCAGCUUGCACGACGGCGAUGUGGCGUUGGUGCUGUAGCGCUGGGUGCAGCCUCCUGUGCCGUAGCCAUGGCCAGGAUGGGUCAGUUGCAUGAAGCGUACCUGUACCUCACAAUGACCGAGGUCCACGUGGCGGACUUGAUGUCCCGCGUGGCCUGCGCACAUAGCACGCUGCUGCAGACGCCGCAGCUUUGGGAGAUCUUGGGCUAUGUGGAGGAUGAAAUCCACGCUGCAUCCCCUUUCGGUUUCGGGCAUCCGUGCAGUCUGUCGUUUUGUCCCAAUGGCGGCAGUCCAAACCACGAGACAUGCCGGUGCGAGCAGCUUGCGCCUCCGUUCCUACCCCGCCUGUCGCACCGGAUUUGCAUCAUCUCCACAGAUCCCGGGGACGACAGGCCACUGGAGACGAACAUGGCCAAACUGGUCGCCAAGGACCCCAACGAACUUACUCAGUUCUGGAGCCUGACCUACCACCUGAACAGGUUCUACGCAAGAUUGCACGGCUACCGAUUUCGCAGGCCCGUCAUCAGCAAUGAGGCACUCUUCGAGAUGCUGCAUGAUGGACUCGAGCCACCGAGGCGCGUGCAGUGGUCCAUCGUGCGCCUCAUACAGCAAGAGUUAGAAGACAGGACUUGUGACUUUGUCGUGUGGAUGGACAGCGACGCAUACAUCGCCUCCUCGGAGCCACUGGAGACCGUUCUGUUGCAGAACGGUUUGCUGAACUCCUCUGACCCCAACAGCUCUCGUGGCGACGACGCUCCUGAGAGAUUGUUCUUCUUCGCCUCGGCACUGUCACGGGAGGCCGCAAAAGAGGGUGAGUUUGUCCCGCGUGUCAACGUCAACAUCUCCGACCAUUUCAUGGUGGUUCGGAAUACGCCUAUCGCACGGCAGAUGAUGGAAGAAUGGUUCCAGCUGCCAACGAGACAGUCUCGUGGCCUGGAGCGAUUCCGCCAUGAGCUCUUCUUGGAGCAGACGGUCAUGAACGAGUACUUCAUGGCGUUUCCUUCCUUGAUUGCCACGCCACCACCACUGAAGCACUUCGAAGGCUACGCAGGAUAUUUUGCAAGACAUACCGGCGGCAUCAAGGACCAGGCAUUGGCCGUCUCCUUGCGGAAUGCGUUGCUGGACCGGGUCACAGCUCCAAUCAAGCAUCCGAUGUCACCUUGGGCCGCCACUCUGCGAUCGGAUUCGAUUGCCCAAAUCUUGCUCCGAUUGGCUCAAAGUGAAGACCAGGAAAUAGCGGUGAAAAGAUCAGGAAACGGGGACAAUGUAUACUGCAUACCUAUGCAAGAGCUAGCUCAUGCCUGCUUGGGAUGCAUGGAAACC